AUGUCCGCUAAAAAGCCAACCAUUGUCGUCGUGCCCGGUGCCUGGUCGACGCCCGCCCAUUAUCGUAAGCUUGUCGAAGCCCUGCAGGCCCGAUCAUUCGAGGUCAAGGUGCCUUCUCUAGCCACCAAUAACGGUGCUCGCCCUCCAAACUCGAGCUUCCAAGAUGAUGUCGCUGCUGUCCGGGCUCUCAUCGAGCCGAUUGUCGAACAAGGCAACGAAAUUGUCAUGGUGAUGCAUUCUUACGGAGGUGCUGUCGGCACCGACGCAACUAAUGACCUAUCCCGGAAGGAGAGAGAAGCCAACAACCUCCCGGGCGGCGUGGUGCACCUUGUCUACCUCUGCGCUUACCUCCUCGCCAAGGGCCAGAGCGUUUGGAACGUUAUUGAGAAGUCCGGAAUGGAGCAGGACGUGACGCCUCAUUUGACCAUCCACGAAGAUGGGGUCUGGACGCUCAAUGACCCCGUAUGGGCCAUGUAUCACGAUUUGAGCCUUGAGGACCAGGAGGAGCAGAAGACUCUCGCAGUGCCGCACAACUCGAAGUGUAUCUACGAGGGCCCGUCAUACGAGUGUUGGAGGAAUAGCCCGCUCACCUACGUACGCACAACUGAGGACCGUUGUGUACCUCCCCCGUACCAGGACAUUUGCGUCGCCAACGCCAAGGACGCAGGCGUUCCCAUCGACAUCAAGGUUAUGGACUGUGCCCACUCGCCUUAUGCCAAAUAUCCCGAGGAGAUUGUGGACAUUGUUGUCGGCAUCACCAGCUAG